GCCUUCUGUGUCAGGUUGGGGGUGGGGUGUCUGCAUACGCUUUCAACACAUGUGCUUGCCUCAAGGGUGGGAAGCUCAGAACCGGGGCGAAAGCAGGAGGGAAAUCCAAGCAUGGUCGGUUACUUUAUUUUCCUGUGUCACAGCUGAAGAAGGCCCCCCAGAGCCAAAGGCGUUCCUGGAUCCAGAGGUCGAGAUCCCAGCCAGCCACCUGUACUCCUCACCGAGCUCCUGCCAGGGCCGCUGCCGGGAAGCCUACGACAAGCACCACCCUUGCCACUGCAAUGACCGUUGCCUAGAGUUUGGGAACUGCUGUGAGGAUUUUGACAGCCUGUGUGGCGGUGAUCAUGAGGGUUUCUCCUACAGCAGCGAUGCCAUCACCAAGGAGGAGCUUGAGAGUAUUUCUGAGACCAUCUAUAGGGUAGAUGCCAAUAAAGCCAAGAAGGAUGACAUUGUCCUCAACAGUCAAAACCAGAUCUCCUCGUCAGAGACAAGAAACCAAGUGGAUCGAUGCCCAGAGCCGCUUUUCACUUACGUCAAUGAGAAUCUGUUCUCCAAGCCUACCUACGCAGCCUUUAUCAACUUACUCAACAAUUACCAGCGGGCCACAGGCCAUGGGGAGCACUUCAGUGCCAAGCAGCUGGAGGAGCAGGAUGUCUUCCUCAGGGCGGUCAUGAAGACAGCGGUCAUGAAGGAGCUCUAUGGCUUUCUCCAUCAACAAAACCGUUACAGCUCCGAACAAGAGUUUGUGGACGAUUUGAAGAACAUGUGGUUUGGGCUCUACUCAAGAGGCGAUGAAGAAGGGGAUUCGAGUGGCUUUGAACAUGUCUUCUCUGGCGAAGUGAAGAAAGGCAAGGUCAGUGGCUUCCAUAACUGGAUCCGCUUCUACCUGCAGGAGAAGGAGGGUCUGCUUGACUAUUACAGUCACAACUACGACGGGCCUUGGGAUUCCUACCCCGAUGUCCUGGCCAUGCAGUUCAAUUGGGAUGGCUACUACAAAGAAGUGGGCGCGGUCUUCAUCGGCAGCAGCCCUGAGUUCGAGUUUGCCCUUUACUCUCUGUGCUUCAUCACCAGACCAGGCAGAAAGUGCCAUUUGAGCCUGGGUGGCUAUCCUUUGACCAUCCAGACCUACACCUGGGAUAAGACCACCUACGGAAAUGGCAAGAAGUACAUUGCCACAGCCUACGUGGUAUCUUCCACCAGAUAGAGCUUGCCGUCAGCUAGGGUGUGAGGGCAGAGGGCCAAGCAGGGUCCAAGUGCUAUUUGCUCUUUACUGGGGAGGGGAGGGAGGAGCCUGGGAGGAAUCCCAGGGCUUAGUUUUUAAGAGGAAUCUCAAAUCUAGAAAUGCCCACUUAGAGGAAAAAAAAAAAAAGAUAUACUUAGAAAAAUGCAGAGAAUCAGCCAAACCUUUGUCUUCCUGUAUUUUGGCAACUUGAACUAGGAAACAGAGCUCUCUCUGCCUAGAGAAAGGAGCAACCCUCAAGAGCCCUUUAAAGUGCAGUGGGGCCAUGAACAAGUCCUUGGCUUCACACUUCCCUCUAAUGUGAAGGGGAGGGGUCUUCCCCUUUUCCUCCUUGGGGGUGGGAGGGAGGGGUGAGGCUGACAGUACUGUGACUGUGGAGGUGUCUUCAGUUGUUUGUAGGGAGAAGAGGUAGUAGAAAUUCAGGAUUAUCAAGUGGCUUCCAGUGUACACACCCCACAGCUGUGACUCAGCCUUGUGUUGGGUCCCAAAGAAGCAGGCCUUAGUACCACACAGGUGAGUCUUAGAGAAUCAGACCUGUGAGAGUGCAGAGCCAUGGGUGGGGUGGUAAAAGUGGGCUAGGGCAGGUGGUCUCCUCAGUCCUAAAUGUCUGUGUGGCCAACUCAGCAUCUGCUUCUAGAAGUUUCUCCACUUGCAGAUGUUCAGUGUAGUUACAGACAUGUGUUUGAUCCCAUAGUGUCUUGUUUCAUUUUAAAAGAAUUCCCUUCAUAGGAGGACGGCUGAGCAUCAAAGGAAGAAAAGAAUCUAUAACUUAGUGUCAUCGACAAUUAUAUUAAUGUGUAUCCAGCUGCCAUAAUUUUAAACAUUCUGGGCUGGGAGAAGAGGGACCCUGGGGUUUCUAAUUUCAACCCCAAAUGACAUAUUUAGUUUCCCCUCUGAUGUUCAGGAGCCAGAUGUGGCCCCACCAAGCCAGGCUUGUACCACAGCUCAGAGGCAUCAAGUUUCCAAUUAAAGCCACUGGAGAAAACCUGAAA